AUACAAGUCAAAGACAUAAGUAAAUGUUUUGGUUUUAUAAGCAUCAACCAUCAAACAAACUUAACAAUUGCAAAAUUCAUGAUGAUGAUGAAGUCUUCACUAAUAUUUCUUUCUAUUUUAAUCCACUUAACAGUUUCACACUCAUUAACCCAAAACCAAAACUUAUCAGUCUAUGAAGCCCUUCAACAAUAUGAUUUCCCAGUUGGUAUUCUUCCACAAGGUGCAACAAGCUAUGAACUAAACAAAAACACAGGAAAAUUCACUGUCUAUUUUGAUGGAACAUGCAUCUUUGGUAUAAAAUCCUAUGAUCUCAAGUACAAAUCUACAAUUAAGGGAUUUAUAUCUAAAGGUAAACUUACUAAGUUGAAGGGUAUUAGUGUCAAAGUUGAAUUGUUAUGGCUUAAAAUUGUGGAGGUUACUCGUCAUGGUAAUGAUCUUCAAUUCUCUGUUGGUAUUGCUUCUGCUCAAUUUAGUGUUGAUAAUUUUUUAGAGAUUCCACAGUGUGGUUGUGGAUUUGAUUGCAAUAGUUUCAGUAGUGAUGCUAAUUUUUCUUCUAUUUAGAUUUGUUUUAGUACAAUUUUAGUUGAUAAUUGUAUUUUUCUGCUGUUGUUUUUGAACUACAGUGUUCUAUAUAGUUGAUUUGAUUCUCAGUGUUACUUCUUCAGUGUGAUUAUUUAAUUUAAGAGUAUGUUUUGUUAAGUUUGAUUGA